AUGGGUUGGAGAACUUGUCGAUUACGGAGAGGGAUUUGCGAUAACGUAGUUGAGAAGGAGAGGAGAUUGAAAUUCAAGGAUGGUGAUGCACAAGCUAUGUUAGUUUACUUUGAUAGAAUGACGGACGAUAAUCAACAAUUCUUCCAUAGGCAUCGGUUAGACGAGGAGGGUAGAAUCAAGGAUGUUUUGUGGGUAGAUGCUAGAAUUCCGGCAGCAUAUGAUUAUUUUGGUGAUGUUGUGUGCUUUGAUGCUACUUAUUUGACAAAUGAUUAUGAACUUCCAUUUGCAAACUUUGUAGGAGUGAACCAUCAUGGUCAAAGCAUAUUAUUAGGUUGUGCAUUAGUAUCACAUGAGGAUGCGGAAACCCAUAGUUGGGUAUUUAGCACGUGGGUGAAGUGUAUGGGAGGCAAAGCGCCACAAUGUUUUCUCACCGACCAAGAUGUGGCGAUGCAUCAGGCGUUAGGCAACGUUAUGCAAGGGACAUGCCAUUGGUGGUGCCUAUGGCACAUACUUACAAAGUUUAGUGAGAAGUUGGGUAUGUAUAAGAAGUAUGAAGAAUUCAAGGAAGAACGUCAUCAAGCCAUAUACGAUAGUGUGUCCGAAGAAGAAUUUGAUAAAACAUGGUGUGAUAUUAUUGACAAAUAUGGUAUUGGAGAAGAUACGUGGCUUGAAGGUUUGUACAAGGAGAGAUGUAUGUGGGUGCCAGCAUACUUGAACCAUAUGUUUUGGGCUGGGAUGGAAACAAUUCAGCGGUCGGAGAGUGUGAAAAGUUUUUUUGACGGGUAUGUACACAAGAGUACAAAGUUGUGUGAUUUUGCCGAGCAAUAUUGCAACGCAAUGGAGAGUCGAGCUAGCUCGGAAAAGGCGGCCGAUGCAAAUACAUGUCGAUAUGUACGAAAACGUGUAACAAAGUUUAAGGCGGAGUUGGUAUAUCAAAAAUUGUAUACGGAUUCUAAGUUCAAAGAAGUCCAAUCGGAGUGCAUGAAAAUGUUAUAUGUUCAAUGGCAAGGUAGUAGAGAAGUAGGGGAAAAUAUUCAGGAGCACACACUUCGGGACAUAAUUUGGGUGAUAUGCAAGAAGUCAAGGAAGGAAGUCCCUACAGAGAGGCGAAGGAUGUACCGUGUGAGAAUUGACAUGGGUAAUACUGAAGCAUGUUGUGAGUGCAAGUUAUUCGAGUCUCAUGGUAUUCUUUGUAGACAUGUGAUAAAUGUUUAUGAUAUUCUUAUCAUGGUUAUUCCGGAAAAGUACAUUUUAAUGCGGUGGCGAAAGGAUGUUUUCGGAAGCAUACUAUGA